AUGCGCGGGUCGAACGACCGCCUGGAGGUGUUCAAGCUGUCGGAGAACCUCUGGUUCGCCGGAACCGCGCAGCUACCGCCGUUUGAAGACGCUGGAAACGGUGGGAAAAGCGAAGGAGAUAACAGCGGCGGAGAUAAAAGCGGCGGAGAUAACAGCGGCGGAGAUAACAGCGGCGGAGAUAAAAGCGGCGGAGAUAACAGCGGCGGAGAUAACAGCGGCGGAGAUAACAGCGGCGGAGAUAACAGCGGAAACAACGGCAACAGCACCGGUAAUGACAACAGCGGAAGCGAUUCGAGCGCGGGGUUCGCGGAUGAUCCGCGCGACUCGAUGGAGUCGCGCAAGGAGGAGCUGCUUGCGCGGCUCCGCGGCGGCGGAAUGGAAGCCGCAAACGCCGACUCCAGGAGCUCCGCGUCUGCGUCCGCAGCCCCAGCGAGCGCGCCGGCUCCCGCUGUGGAUCCGCUGGAGCAACAGACGGAGCAACGAGUGGCGGAGGUGGGGGAGUUCUCCGCGCGCACGACGGAGCUGAAACCAGUGGUGAAGCGGAAACCGGCGGUUGGGUUUCCCGGGAUCAACGAGUACAGCGGAGUCCGUGUGAGCCCUCCUGACGUCGCUCUGUGUGUGGGCAAUGGAUACAUCCUUCACACUGUCAAUGUUGGUAAGCCAUUCUUUCACCUGCUUCCUCUUGCAUUCACUGCCGCGCUGCUCCAUUCCUUUCAACCACUUUCACCCCCCACACCCACUUCCUCUUCCCCCACAACCACUCCCUCUUCCCCCACACCCACUCCCUCUUCCCCCACACCCACUCCCUCUUCCCCCACACCCACUCCCUCUUCCCCCACACCCACUCCCUCUUCCCCCACACCCACUCCCUCUCCUCCCCUCCUCUUAUCCCCAUUGGCAGCGAUGGUUGUCACCAAAUUCUCCACUCCUUGCUGUCAGUUCGUCAACGUACCAUCCAUACCAUUCCACGGUGGUCCGCCAACAAGGGUGCUGCCGCCAGUGGUGGAGUGGAGGGGACCUGUUCAACACAUCAGUAGUCCAAGUAGCAGACUGACGCCAUUCCACCAUCCCACCAUUCCACCAUCCCACCAUUCCACCAUCCCACCAUUCCACCAUCCCACCAUUCCACCAUUCCACCAUCCCACCAUUCCACCAUCCCACCAUUCCACCAUCCCACCAUCCCACCAUUCCACCAUCCCACCAUUCCACCAUCCCACCAUUCCACCAUCCCACCAUUCCACCAUCCCACCAUUCCACCAUCCCACCAUUCCACCAUUCCACCAUCCCACCAUUCCACCAUCCCACCAUUCCACCAUGCCACAUUACCCAUCCGCCGCUCUGUCCACACACCCCACGCCAGUUCUUCGGGGGGGUGGCAACAACACGUAUGACAAGUUUGGGCAGACGAGGAGGCGAGGCAACACAACAGUGGGCUCGGGGCUGAUAGUGGCAGCAUCAACCACCGACGACCCCACCCGGGACUGGAAUUCACAGUUUUCCACCCCUUUCUCACCCCCUUCUCACCCUUUCCUCACCUUGACUCGCUUCGUUUCACUCUCCACUGUCAUCCGCUGCUCUCCUCGUGCGCCUCUUUUGAGGCGCCUAAAAAAAAACUCCUCGUGCGCCUCCCUGCAACAGCAGCCCCAUUCCCCAAUCGGCCAGAUUCCGUGUCCUGUCCUUCUCUCCUUCCUCCCCAUCUCCCCUUCUUCUCUACGCCUCCCUAACUUCCUCUUCUCCUUCCUCCCCAUCUCCCCUUCUUCUCUACGCCUCCCUAACUUCCUCUUCUCCUUCCUCCCCAUCUCCCCUUCUUCUCUACGCCUCCCUAACUUCCUCUUCUCCUUCCUCCCCAUCUCCCCUUCUUCUCUACGCCUCCCUAACUUCCUCUUCUCCUUCCUCCCCAUCUCCCCUUCUUCUCUACGCCUCCCUAACUUCCUCUUCUCCUUCCUCCCCAUCUCCCCUUCUUCUCUACGCCUCCCUAACUUCCUCUUCUCCUUCCUCCCCAUCUCCCCUUCUUCUCUACGCCUCCCUAACUUCCUCUUCUCCUUCCUCCCCAUCUCCCCUUCUUCUCUACGCCUCCCUAACUUCCUCUUCUCCUUCCUCCCCAUCUCCCCUUCUUCUCUACGCCUCCCUAACUUCCUCUUCUCCUUCCUCCCCAUCUCCCCUUCUUCUCUACGCCUCCCUAACUUCCUCUUCUCCUUCCUCCCCAUCUCCCCUUCUUCUCUAUCUACAAACCCUUUCCUACGCGUGGCUCAACUAGCCAUCACUAACAUACUCUCGCCGCGACCUACGCCGUCGCCGCCGUUCCCCCCCCCUCCCGCCGCGAUUACGCCUUCCUCGCCUGCGGAUUCCACCGCCGCGAGCGCAACGCCGCUGUCCCCUCCUCCCCCCCGCCGCGACCCCCUGUCGCCGCCUCCCCUUCUCGCCGCCGCGCCUGAUUCGGCGCCGCCUGCGCAUCCUGCCGCCGCGACGCCUCGUCGCCGCCUGCCCGCUGCCCGUCCCUCCGCCGCGACGUCACGUCGCCGCGUUCCCGCCGCCGCGCCUGCUACGGCGCCGCCUGCGCAUCCUGCCGCCGCGACGCCUCGUCGCCGCCUGCCCGUCCCUCCGCCGCGACGUCUCGUCGCCGCGUUCCCGCCGCCGCGCCUGCUUCGGCGCCGCCUGCGCAUCCUGCCGCCGCGACGCCUCGUCACCGCCUGCCCGUCCCUCCGCCGCGACGUCUCGUCGCCGCGUUCCCGCCGCCGCGCCUGCUACGGCGCCGCCUGCGCAUCCUGCCGCCGCGACACCUCGUCGCCGCCUGCCCGUCCCUCCGCCGCGACGUCUCGUCGCCGCGUUCCCGCCGCCGCGCCUGCUUCGGCGCCGCCUGCGCAUCCCGCCGCCGCGACGCCUCGUCGCCGCCUGCCCGUCCCUCCGCCGCGACGUCACGUCGCCGCCUCCCCUUCCCGCCGCCGCGCCUGCUUCGGCGCCGUCUGCCCGUCCCGCCGCCGCGACAGCUCGUCGCCCCCUGCCCGUCCCGCCGCCGCGACCUAA